GUGUUCACUACGCCAGAAACAACCGAAUAUUUUUAUACAAAUGACUUACAUGUGGUGAUUGACGUUUUCAUUCGGGAACUUUAUAAUUUACCAGAGGAAAGUGAAGCGCUUCGACAUACGUAUCUUCGAGUACUAUAUCCACUUAUUACCAAUACACAGUUAUGUCAGCGUCGUUACAAACAGCGCUAG